AAAAAAGAAAAGAUGUGACGGCGCAGCUGUUGCCUUUAUUUUGAUAAGAAGCUUAAAGUAGAUAGACUAGAAUAUACUUUAUUGUUGCUUGUCCACAAAUACAAGAUAAUAGUGACUGAAUUAUUAUAUGUUACGAUAAAACAAGAUGUGUCUGCCAAGUUGGUCUGAACAAUUCUAUAAGAAGAGAUUAGAGAAGGUUUAGAGAAAUAGCAUUAAUUAUGGAUGGAGAAGAAGACAUCACGAUUGCGAUAAUUCGAAUGGAGAAACUUUUAGCGGGCAUUUCGAGCAAAAUAUGCGAGUCGACUGGAAAAUAUGACGCCCAAAGUUCACCGUUAAUUCAAGAAAUCAUAGAUUGCUUCGAGCUUUUUAUAAAGUCUAUUGUAGCUCGAAUGAAAAAAACUCCCGACGCAGAACGCAUGCACUUCAUCAAUUUGCGUGAUUGUCGUGCAAAAAUAGCAGAAACUUUGUUGGAGCUUGAAGUGUUACAGAAUAUGUCUGAGGAACAAAACUCGAAUUUCGAUAUUUUUCUAAGAGACAUCAUAACCUGCGUAAAUGAUGAAGAAGAACUAAUGAGAAGUAUCAAGGAAACAUCGGAAGUGGAUGUACCGAGAGAAGUGAAGGAUUCAGUAUUGAAGAUGCUGAAUGUAAGAGAACAAGAGGAAGCACGUAAGAAAUUAUUGCAAUCGGAAAUAGAUACAGCUGAGCGGAGAUUGCACAACAUCAUGGAAUUCAAUACUACAACUGAAGAAAUACUUUUUGACAAAUGCACUAAAAUCGAGGAGCAAUACAAAAAUCUUCUUGCUAAAUAUGAUUGUGAUAUUGGUGUAUGUCAUGCUUUAAUGGAGAAGUUGUGCAGAGAGAAUGAGCUCAUCAAUUCAGAAAAGAAAGAUAUGGAGGAUCAGUUGGUUGUGCAACGGACGCUGUAUACUCAACUCAAAACAGAGCGGGAAAUUGCUCUGAUGAAAAUCUUUACUGAGAAACUGGAGCUCUUCAAGCGAAAUCGGGCUGCUAAAACUAUUCAGAGGACAUGGAGAGCUUACUUUGAACGUAUUUCUGUAAAGAAACGAAGAAAAGCUAGAAAGAAAUAAUCACUUCAGGCGAUUGGCCGCCACUCCUGGAUAGUUCUAACGAAGGAAUAAUUGUUAAUUUACAUCUCCCGUUAGAGACUGCGAAGACAUAGUGUAGAAUACCAUUCUUUUAAAUACUCUGAAAUAUAGAAUCUAUAAUCGUCA